AUAAAUAAAAAAGGGAUUCAACCGGUCUAUUCGACAGCAGUAUUAAUAUAAUAAUAAUUAUUAGCACAUUGAAUUAUUUAUUUACCCUCUAAUAUGUAAACAAUUGUGUUAGUUUAGUGGCUAGUAUUGAAUGUGCAAAUGACUGCCACGUUAAUUUACCUAAACGCUGUGUGUUGUUGUGAACAUGGCGGCUGGGUGCAGCCUUUCCUCUCUCUUAUCAGUUCAGACUCAGCUGGAUCACUCCCUGCAGGACGCUGUCUCCACCGAACAAAAAGAGAAACUCGUAUACGAGUACCUGAAAAAGCUUGACGGCAGGGGACAGGACUUGAAGGUACCUGAAUUUGAAGACGGAUUAGAAUGGUUGAACACCAAGAGCCCGCUGUCGCUGUCAAAACACCUUUCCGGCAAAGUGGUUGUGUUGGAUUUUUUCACCUAUUGCUGCAUCAAUUGUAUGCAUCUGCUUCCUGACCUUCAUGAACUGGAACAUGAGCAUUCUGAUAAAGAUGGACUGGUUGUUGUUGGUGUUCAUUCUGCUAAAUUCCCGAAUGAGAAGGUCUUGGAGAACAUUAAAAGCGCCGUCCUUCGUUACAACAUUACUCACCCAGUGGUCAAUGAUGCUGAUGCUAAGCUUUGGCAGGAGCUUGAAGUGUCCUGCUGGCCAACACUGGUCAUCUUGGGACCACGAGGGAACAUGCUCUUCUCUCUGGUUGGAGAGGGGAACAAAGAGAAGUUAUUUUUAUUUACUGCAGCUGCCUUAAAGUUCUACACAGGGAAAGGUGAAGUGAAAAAUAACAGCAUAGGAAUCAAGCUGUACAGGGAUGCUCUCCCUCCCUCCAUACUGUCAUUUCCCAGUAAAGUAACAACUGACAGCUCUGGAAAUAGACUGGUCAUCGCAGACACUGGGCAUCACAGGAUUCUGCUUGUCAGAAAAAAUGGACAACUGCUUCACUCUAUUGGAGGACCUAAAAGUGGAUGGAAAGAUGGAAUCUUUGCUGAGUCAGCUUUCCACUCCCCUCAAGGAGUUGCAAUGAAGAACGACACCAUCUAUGUUGCGGAUACAGAGAACCACCUGAUACGAAAG